ACGUUAUCUACCCUGCCCUACUCUCGUCUCUCUCUCUCAAAAUACUUGUGCGUUUCGUUUUGCCACCGGAGUAUUUGAGCUGAAGAGCUCACAGGUCUUUAAUAUAUCGGAAGCGUAGCUCGAGAAAAACUGAGAAGUAGCUGGAAACGACGCGGUCUCCGGCCAUCGGACACUUUUUCUCUCCUCUCUGUAUUUGUUGAGUAUGGGGGACAGUGAAGCGGUUGUCGCUCAAACAUCUGCUGUGAUGGGGUAUACAUCAACAGGCUAUACUUCUACUGGCUAUGCUGAUGUAAACCCUAAUAUUCCUCAUAAUGCUGGUGCUUUGCCAUCCGAGGCCAGUGGAGAAAUUUCUACGUCUGCUGCUCCUGCUGAUGUAUCUCAUUCUGCUCCUGAUAGUUCUAGUUUAGGUGAUGGGAAUUCGUAUACUGUGGAUUCUAUUACUGUAAUGCAAGAAUCUCAUGUUGGUAGUGGAAAUGAAAUGAAGACAGCUGUUGCAGCUAUUGAUUCAAGUGGGAAUGUUGCUGCUGUUGAAAAUGAAGCCAUUAACUCAUCCCAAGCUGCUGGUUAUGGUUCUUCUGUAAAUGGUGUUGCUGGAGCAGGAACUGUUAUGUCGGUUGAUAAUGGAGAUGCUUCUGAUCGUGUGGGUGGAGCUGUUCAUGAGCAACAGUAUGUAGAUGGUUCUGCUAUGUCUGCUGAAGAAGAAAGGCUGUGGAACAUUGUGAGGACUAAUUCUUUAGAUUUUAAUUCUUGGACUGCUUUGAUUGAAGAGACUGAGAAAGUUGCUGAGAACAACAUACUGAAAAUCCGAAAAGUUUAUGAUGCUUUUUUAGCAGAAUUUCCUUUGUGUUAUGGGUACUGGAAGAAGUAUGCAGAUCACGAGGCUAAUCUGGGCUCUGUUGAUAAAGUUGUUGAGGUUUAUGAGCGAGCAAUUCAAGGGGUUACUUAUUCGGUUGAGAUAUGGUUGCAUUACUGCAUGUUUGCCAUAAGCACAUAUGGAGAUCCAGACACUGUCAGAAGGUUCUUUGAGCGAGGAUUAGCUUAUGUUGGAACCGAUUACUUGUCUUCCUCCCUUUGGGAUAAGUACAUAGAAUAUGAAUAUAUGCAGCAGGAGUGGGGUCGCCUUGCAUUGAUUUAUACCAGGAUACUUGAGAAUCCGAAUCAACAACUCGAUCGGUAUUUCAACAGCUUUAAGGAGUUAGCUGGAAACCGGCCGCUUUCAGAAUUAAAGUCUGCUGAGGAAGCUGCAGCAGCAGCGGGCACAUCUUCUGAGGCAGGUGACCAAGUAAAUGAGGGAGAGGUUCAGCCUGAUGCUGCUGAUCAAUCACCUAAACCUGUAAGUGCUGGAUUAACAGAAGCAGAGGAGUUGGAGAAGUAUAUCGGCAUUAGAGAAGAGAUGUAUAAGAAAGCUAAAGAGUUCGAUUCUAAGAUCAUUGGUUUUGAAACAGCUAUAAGGAGGCCGUACUUUCAUGUGCGCCCCCUUAACGUAGCAGAGCUUGAGAAUUGGCAUAACUAUCUGGAUUUUAUGGAAAGAGAAGGUGACCUUAAUAAGGUGGUGAAGUUGUAUGAAAGAUGCCUAAUUGCUUGUGCAAAUUACCCUGAGUACUGGAUCCGGUAUGUUUUGUCCAUGGAAGCCAGUGGAAAUUUGGAUCUUGCCAAUAAUGCACUGGCUCGUGCAACCCAAGUCUUUGUCAAGAGACAGCCGGAGAUUCAUAUCUUCUCUGCUCGAUUCAAAGAGCAGAGUGGGGAUAUACCAGGUGCUCGUGCUGCGUAUCAACUUGUCCAUUCUGAAAUUUCUCCUGGUCUUCUUGAAGCAAUCAUAAAGCAUGCAAACAUGGAACAUCGGCUGGGAAAUCUAGAAGAUGCCUUCUCUCUAUAUGAACAGGCCAUUGCCAUUGAAAAGGGAAAAGAACAUUCACAGACAUUACCAAUGUUAUUUGCACAGUAUUCACGGUUUGUAUACUUGGUUUCUGGGAAUGCUGAAAAAGCGAGGGAAAUUAUAGUUGAAGCACUUGAGCAUGUUCAAUUGUCAAAACCUCUUCUUGAGGCCCUAAUACAUUUUGAGUCCAUACAGUCACUACCAAAGCAAAUUGAUUACCUGGAUUCCUUGGUUGUGAAGUUCAUAGUGCCUAACCCUGAGAACCCCAAUGUUGCGAGCGUUGCAGAGAGAGAAGAGCUAUCUAGCAUAUUUUUGGAAUUCAUAAAUCUCUUUGGAGGUACAGAAUCUAUCAAGAAGGCAGAGGAUCGACAUGCCAAACUUUUCUUACCCCAUAGAAGCACAUCAGAGUUGAAAAAGCGGCAUGCUGACGAUUAUCUAGCAUCAGAUAAAACAAAGAUUGCCAAAUCUUACUCCAGUGUUCCUUCACCUGCCCAAUCUUUGAUGGGAGCAUAUCCAAGUGCACAAACCCAGUGGUCAGCAGGUUAUGGCGUUCAGCCUCAAGCUUGGCCACCAGCUACACAAGCUCAGGGACAACAACAGUGGACCCCUGGCUAUACCCAACAGCAGGCGGCAUACAGUGCAUAUGGGGGUUAUGGAAGUAGCUAUACUAAUCCACAAUUGCCCGCAACAACUACACAGACUACUGCUUAUGCUGCUUAUCCUCCUACAUAUUCUGCCCAGCAGACUUUCCCUCCACAAAGCUAUGCACAGCCAACUGCGGCGACAGCCGCUGCACCUGUUCCAGCACAGCAGUCUGCUUCAGCUGCCCAGGCCUAUUAUGGGACUUACUAUUGAAGUGGCAAACUGUUUUGCCAAAGUAUUUUGCGCCUCUUUAACUUUUUUCUUUGGUUUUUUCUAGCCUUGGUUUCUAUACCAUACGCAGCCUAAUUCACUUUAGCUUUUAGUUUGGCCUUUUUUUUUUUUUUUUUUUUUUUGUGGGGGCAAAAAAAACAUUGUUAUGCAGGUGACAAAGAUGUAGGGAGUGGACAAAAGAUGAGUUAGUGAUCCAUGUUAAUUGACGGUGGAGAAUUGUAUUUUAGGAAUAUAUGAAGUUCAAUUUUAAAGCGUUCACGUGUUCAUAGAGAAA